CUCUUUCCCUUUCUCUCUUGGAUCAGUUGGAGUUGAAAUAAAUCUCUCUCUUCUCUGUCUUCCAUUAUAAUUGUAAUUUCCCCGAAUCUUAGUACACCACCUUAAAUAUCAGUCUGAUGACACAUGACAGGCUUGUUUUCCUUGAAAAAAAACCCUACAAGCCUACAACACAUAUUUAAAGAACCCAAACCACCUCUCAUUUUUAUUUGCAGGGUGCGCACUUUUAACAAAAGAAAUAAACCUUCUACUUAACAGAACUUAAAUUCCUCUUUACAGAAAAACCCAUCUAUUUUUUCCUAUCUUUUUUAUUCUUCUUCAACAAUACAACUUUUUUCAUCCAUUCUAAGAGGCAUGUCAAGUUUAUAUACCCACAGCUUCUUAUCUGGAAGAGCUAUUUCUCCACUAAUAAGGAGCACCCCAGACAUCGACAGUCAGUACUUGGCAGAACUAUUAGCUGAACAUCAGAAGCUUGGACCUUUUGUGCAAGUUCUUCCGAUAUGUAACCGACUGUUGAAUCAAGAGAUUAUACGAGUCUCUGGGAUGGUCUCCAACCAAGGCUUUGGUGAAUAUGACAGACUGCAGCAUGGAAGUCCCAGCCCCCUGGCAUCUUCAAAUCUUGUGUCACAUGUUGGAGGAACAGGUAUCAGUGCUUGGAAUGGCUUUUCCCAAGAGAGAUUAGGUGGGCUACAAGGGAUGACAAUGGACUGGCAAGGGGGAUCGACAAGCCCAAGUUCGUAUGUUGUCAAGAAGAUUUUGCGCUUGGAAAUUCCAGUAGAUACUUUUCCAAAUUUCAAUUUUGUUGGGCGACUUCUUGGCCCCAGAGGCAAUUCACUAAAAAGGGUGGAAGCAUCUACAGGCUGCCGUGUGUACAUUAGAGGAAAAGGUUCCAUAAAAGACCCAGGCAAUGAGGAGAAGCUAAGGGGAAGACCAGGUUACGAGCACCUCAAUGAUCCACUUCACAUUUUGGUUGAGGCUGAGUUACCUGUCAAUAUUGUUGAUAUAAGGCUGAGACAAGCCCAAGAAAUUAUAGAGGAAUUGCUUAAACCUGUGGAUGAGUCACAAGAUUUCUAUAAGAGGCAACAGCUACGGGAACUGGCCAUGCUCAAUUCUAAUUUUAGAGAAGAGAGCCCUCGACCAAGUGGUAGUGUCUCUCCUUUCAAUUCAAAUGGAAUGAAGCGGGCAAAAACUGGGCGGUAGAUGAAUAUUCUCCUCUUCAAUGGUUUCUCAGAUCGCAGACGCUGGUGACAUAUGUACCUCCCAAGACAUCUAACUGCAAAAGAUCAACAGAAGGGAGGGGUUUGAUGGAACUGGUUGAUGAGUUUUCUGGUGGGAAUUUCUUUGUGACAACAGGAAAGGGGUAAAGUAGAUAUCCACUACGGUUUUUAUUGGCUGUAGUUUGGCUUUGAUGAUGUCCAUAUGUUUGUUGUAAGCUUAGGGCAUUUAUUAGUUUUAUUUUUGUUUCACUAACCUCAGGUUAUGGUUUGACAUGUGUGGGAGAUGUAUUAAUUGUGCAAUAGCAAGCCCUAGUCCAAGGGAUCUUCACUUGAGUCUGUUUGUUAGCUAUGUGAGUCGUCUGAUAUUUUUUCUUUAACAAAUGGUUAUUUUCAUAUUUAUGAAACAGAAAAAUUUAAGGAAGUAUACUUGGAAUUUGGCUUCUCC